AUGGAUCCCCGGACCCUACUUGGAGGCAUUCCGGCAGUUGCCCAGGCGCCGGUAUCGGUUCGAAAGAAUGUAAUGAAAGAUGCCAGAAAGAGGGCUUUGGCUGCGGCGGUUGCGGAGGCUUUGGGUACAGAGAUUGCUGGUGUUGCAGCAAUGAUUGUGACAGCAAGCCUUGAAAAGCGGAAGAUCAAUUUAUGA